ACGAUCCCGGUUUUGGAGAACGUACCCGUGACACAAACGUCGGCCCCUAACGGGAACCUCAGAGACGUACGAUUCGCGUACAGACCAAUUUGUGAAGAUGACGACGGCUUACCACCCACCACACAUCGGUCCCUAUCAUAGCCAGGUGCUUCCUUUGUACCACUCACGUCUCGCCCAGGUCAGGUGUCCGAUGCCUGCCAUGACCGAAGGGGCCAUACGAGGCUCAGGAUACGGCCGGUAUCCGCAACAUCAGAUGUGUGCUGUGUCCCAGCCCCAGCCUCGAGAUACGGCACUCGUUGUGACACGGCAACAUAUACCCAGCCAAGACCACGCAUCUCAGCGGAUAACCCCGACCAUAGAUGAUAGCCGGAAGACGCAAUCGGCUGGGCCUUCUGCUGAGAAGGAGCUGGUCCAUCACAGCCUGCAAGUCCCGACCUGCAUCAACCCGAAGGGUGGGAACCUGGCGGAUUUCGCCGCCGAGAUGACAUGUUUAUUUUGGUUCGAAUCCAUGGACACACUCCAGGCAGCCGAGAAGAUUCGAUCCCGACCCGCCUAUGCCGCUGUGCCGCCGCUUACGAAAUAUGCCAAACCAUACCCAGCAUUCAAGAAAUGGGCAUACGGGGUGCUCUCAACGACCCAAGUAACACAAAGCGUGAUUCUGCUCGCGCUCAUGUUCGUGUACCGACUCAAAAAGGCAAACCCUAGCGUCAAGGGUCGAUCGGGAAGCGAAUACAGGCUACUCACGGUAGCGCUCAUGCUUGGAAAUAAGUUCUUGGAUGAUAACACGUACACGAACAAGACAUGGGCGGAGGUUUCGGGUAUCUCGGUUCAGGAGAUACAUGUCAUGGAGGUAGAGUUCCUCAGCAACAUGAGGUAUAGCUUGCUGGCGACCAAGGACGAGUGGGAGGACUGGCUCGCGAAGCUCGCAUGCUUUUCCGAGUAUUACGAACGUGCCCUGGCACAACCGACGUCGCCCGUUGGUCCGUGCUCUCCAACGGCCCGUUUCACUUCGCCCUCACUGGCACCGACUCGCGGCGCAGGUGUUCACUCAACCACGCAGUCGGCGACCCCGACAACCACCCACCUCUACUCACCUCACUCCACUGCCCAGGUCAAUGGGCAUGAAUGGGUCGGGUUGUCGCCGCUUUCGGCCAAGUCCAACAUUCAACGUCCCUCCAAGAAGAGGGCACAAGAAGAGGAGCCGUCCGAGCACCCUGCCAAACGUCCGGCGGUCAGGCACCCUCAGCAACCGCAUCCAGCUCGGCCGCCGGUUGUGGGUGAGCAGCCCAUCAGACUACCGGUCCCCCAUCUCUCCCUCAACACGAAUACAUCAAUUUCCAGCCAGGCACCCUACGUCGCACCGAUCAUCUUCCCCACACAGGUCAACGUGUCGCUUCCUCCGUUGGGCUCCAAUGUGCGGGCAAUGGCAACAGUGUAUUCCAAUGCACCCGGCAUCCCCGCGUCCUCAACUGGUCAACUUUCCCUCCCGGCUGCGCCUGGAACAGCUCCAGUUGGCCCUCAAGCCGCCCUUACGUCGACGAACGGAAUAUCUGUUCACCCAACAAUAGGGUACGGCACUCCCAACAGGCGGCAAAGCCCGGGCACGCUGGCAGCGUUCGGGUCCUCUCCCUUGAUUGAUAUGUAUACGUCCGGGUCUGGAGUCCACACCCCCAUUACCCACACACCGAUCUCCCAUUCUCCGAGUGUGUACCUACAACAGCGGCCGAGUCCGUAUAAGCCGGUCCGUCACGUCAACACGCUUUUAUACCCACCACCCUCCACGUCGCUCCACGAGUAUCACAUGUCUGCCCCGCAGCCCCAGAUGCACUAUCAGCCUCUCGGGCGCCGCAACGACUUGCGCACCGGCGUGGUCCCCGAAUACAUGAGUUUAUCUUAUCGGACUGGGCAGCCUGCGCAGGUCGUCCCUCAUAGCCAUCCGCGGGGACCUCAUCUGAACUAGACCUAGGGAUACGGGUGUUUCUCCAGGUUUGUACGGCCAUGCUGAUGGAUCCAUUCAAACCUCACUUUCGGCUCGAGACUGGGUGUCC